AUGGCACAUAGAAAAUUACAACAAGAAGUAGACAAAGUUUUUAAAAAAAUUAAUGAAGGUCUGGAUGUAUUUGACACAUAUUAUGAAAGACAUGAAAGUUGUACAAAUAAUCCUUCCCAGAAGGACAAAUUAGAAUCUGAUUUGAAAAGAGAAGUCAAGAAAUUGCAAAGAUUAAGAGAACAAAUCAAAUCAUGGCAAAGUUCGCCUGAUAUUAAAGAUAAGGAUACUCUACUGGAACACAGAAGACGAGUAGAAAUAGCCAUGGAAAAAUAUAAAGCUGUUGAAAAGGCAUCAAAGGAGAAAGCAUACUCAAAUAUUAGUCUGAAAAGAGCAGAAACUUUGGACCCUGAAUCAAAGGAAAGGCUGGAGACUGAAAAUUAUCUUUCACGAUCAAUUGACGAAUUAGAUAGACAAUAUGAACUGCUUGAUGUAGAAAUUGAUAGAUUACAAGCGUUGAAUAAGAAAAAGAAAACAUUUUCUCAACUUAAUGAAGAAAAGAUUCAAAAUCUCAAAGAUUUACAACUAAGGUACAGAUGGCAUCAACAACAAAUGGAAUUGGCAUUACGUCUUGUUGCCAACGAAGAAUUAAGCCCGCAACAAGUUAUUAACAUAAAAGAUGAUAUUAAUUAUUUUGUAGAAAAUAAUCAAGAUGAUGGUUUUAUAGAAGAUGAAACAAUAUAUGAUGACCUUGAUUUACAAUCAAAUGAGGCCAUUGCUCAUGAAGUGUCUCAGUAUUUUUCAAACCAACUAUCAGAAGAUAAUAAAAGAGCCUAUGAUGGUACUGCUAAUGGUAUUUCUGGUAGUAGUGGUAGUAGCACCGCUAUAAAUAAUAGUGAGAAUAGUAGUAAACUAAUAGAUACGUCUAAGUUAUCAAAGAAGGAGCUUAGAAAACUGGAAAGAGAAGCCAAGAAAGCUGCUAAAUUGGCCGCCAAAAAUGCAGCAGCAGAAUCUUUAUCGCAAGGUCCGACUCUUACGGUAAAGAUGAGCACAAAAUCACCAAAUCCUGUACCACAUGAAGAUAUACGAGAUACUACUCCAACUCAAAAAGCAAGCAAAACUAAUGGUAGUGAUGAGAAGAUUAGCAUAUCUACCAGUAUUAAUAACACGUCUAUUUUAGCUACAUCGUCACCGUUAACAAAAAAAACAACAAAUAAAAGCCCGAACACAAUGAAUGAUAAUAACACAUCAAAUGAUACUUCUAUCAAUGCAGUGCACACACAUAUUCACCAAGGGGCAAAUGGUGUUACUGGAUCCACUAUCUUAAAACCUGCCACAAUUCCAGCAAAACCAGUAGGAGACAUGAAAUGGUCUACCGCAGCUGCGCAAAGUUUAAAGAAGGAUGAUGAAAAGCAAAAGAACACAAUUAAGCAAUCAUUAGUAUCAUCUUCACAGCAGAAUAAAAUCAAAUUAAAUGAAUCCACUCAACUUCCACUAGGUAGUACAACACCAAGAGUGGGAACUCCUGUAUCAAUACAUAAUAAAAGUGUCACUACAAACGUUCCAUUAAAUAAAAUUGGGCAAUUAGAAUCAUUGACAUCCAUAAAUACAAAUAAAUCUGUUCUGAAGACAUCAUCAACUAGUUCCACUGCCACUAUACCUACUUUAGGGGCUACAACUGUGAAUCAAACCAAUCAGCAGUUCCAAAAAGGUCAGUCCGCAACCCUUGAUCAAAUAAAUAAAUCCAAGGUAGAAACCGUAAGUCAGAGUGAUAACCUUGCUAACAGUGAACAAUAUGCUAUUAAUACAAAUAAUGACAAGAUAUCAAAAGAAAAGAAAUCUGAUGAGACUGAUUUAGUUACAAAGAAAGAAGUUUCUGAAACUGAAUCUGACACUGAUUCAUUCUACGACUUCAUAAAUGAUGAUGAUGAAUUAUUACAGGAACCUCUGUGUUUACCUGAAACUUUGGAUGAAAUACAAGCAAAAGAAAAUAAACGUAUACAAUUGUCCAAUAGUUUUAGUAACGAUUGUGGUUUAUUGACGCUACCCAAUGGUAUUAAUGAAAUUAUAAUGGAAUACGAAAUCACUAAGAAUAAAUUGUUUCCUAAUGAUGGAAAGCUUGGUGGUUACAGACAUAGUAUUGACGUGUGCAGAAUACCUAGAUUUUAUGACAUUCCAUUAGGUGUUAACCCACCAAAUCCCUUAGAUGCAUUUAGAUCUGCACAACAAUGGGAUGUUAUUCGUGCGAGUAUAAAAGAUGAAACAGAAUUUGAUAAAAUAUUAGAUAAAUUUAGAGGACUGGAAAUGUUUACAUUAUUUUACCAUUAUUACUUUUCUAUUUUACCAGUUGAAAAAAAUAUUGCAUUUGAGUUACUUCGAGAAAAGAACUGGAAAAUUGGGAAUGAUGAAACCAUGUGGUUUUUGAGACAAAGUGAUAUAAAAUUGCAAAGUAAACUAUUUGAAAUUGCCGAUUAUAAGAUUUUCAAAUUGACUGAUUGGUCAGUAAUUGAUAAAAUCAAUUUUAGAUUAGAUUAUGCAAAUUUGAAAUACCCAGAAACUAAAAAGUAUGAAACAUCACAAUUGAAUGGUUUAACGUCUGAAGAUUUAAAAACCAAAAUAGAUAGUAAUAAUAUCAAUGAUAACAAUAAACAUAAUGACGAGUCCAUUGAUAACACUCAUAACAAUAUCUCUACAAAAUCAUCUAGUUCUAAUACAUCAUCCAUAAGUUCUGCAUCUCCAAAUACUUUAAGUCAUGGACAACAACUACUUCAACAACUAAAACAGGGGAGAGUCACACUGGAUGCCUGA